AGCACCCGCCAAGCAGAGCUUCUGGUAGUGGGAGCUGCACCUCCGCCGCAGUCUGUACUCUGCCUCCGCCUCUCUUCUUUCUCCUGACCAGCACACCUGACAGACAGCGAGUCUUCAAGCCCAAGGAGGGUUCCUUCUCGUUUCUUUUCUACAUAAUCAGAGGGGGGUACUAGAAACCCCAACAAGGCGUGAUGAUGGCUGUCGAAACCCAAGCGCAAUACAGCACCUCUUAUAUGAUGAACGAGGAACACCAGUACAUGACGCCAGAGGAUGAGUGGGACAGGGACCUACUGCUGGACCCCGCCUGGGAGAAACAGCAGCGAAAGACUUUCACAGCUUGGUGUAACUCCCACUUGAGGAAGGCAGGGACACAGAUCGAGAACAUAGAGGACGACUUCAGGAAUGGCCUCAAGCUCAUGCUGCUGCUGGAGGUCAUCUCAGGUGAGAGACUGCCCAAACCUGACAAAGGCAAGAUGCGUUUCCACAAGAUCGCCAACGUGAACAAAGCCCUGGACUUCAUCUGCAGCAAGGGAGUCAAGCUGGUGUCCAUCGGAGCUGAGGAGAUCGUCGACGGUAACACGAAGAUGACCCUGGGAAUGAUCUGGACCAUCAUCCUGCGCUUCGCCAUCCAGGACAUCUCCGUGGAAGAGACCUCUGCUAAGGAGGGUCUUCUUCUGUGGUGCCAGAGGAAGACUGCCCCCUACAGGAACGUUAACGUUCAGAACUUCCACAUCAGUUGGAAGGAUGGCCUGGCACUGUGUGCCCUGAUCCACAGACACAGACCUGACCUCAUUGACUACUCCAAACUGAAAAAGGAUGACCCCAUUGGUAACCUCAACACUGCCUUCGAGGUGGCUGAGAAGUACCUGGACAUCCCCAAGAUGCUCGACGCUGAAGACAUUGUGAACACCCCCAAGCCUGAUGAGAAGGCCAUCAUGACCUACGUGUCCUGCUUCUACCACGCCUUCGCUGGCGCUGAGCAGGCUGAGACAGCAGCUAACAGGAUCUGUAAAGUGCUGGCUGUGAACCAGGAGAAUGAGAAACUCAUGGAGGAGUAUGAGAAGCUGGCCAGUGAGCUGCUGGAGUGGAUCCGCAAAACCAUCCCGUGGCUGGAGAACCGCACGGCGGAGCAUCACAUGAGAGCCAUGCAGCAGAAGCUGGAGGACUUCAGGGACUACCGCCGCGUCCACAAGCCGCCCCGCGUCCAGGAGAAGUGUCAGCUGGAGAUCAACUUCAACACCCUGCAGACCAAGCUGAGGCUGAGCAACCGGCCCGCCUUCAUGCCCUCCGAGGGAAAGAUGGUCUCGGACAUAGCCAAUGCCUGGAAGGGUCUGGAGCAGGUGGAGAAGGGCUAUGAGGAGUGGCUUCUUACUGAGAUCAGACGUCUGGAGAGACUGGACCACCUGGCUGAGAAGUUCAAACAGAAGUGUUCCCUGCACCAGUCCUGGACCUCAGGUAAGGAGGAGCUGCUGUCCAUGAAGGACUACGAGUCGGCCUCUCUGAUGGAGAUCAGGGCUCUGAUGAGGAAACACGAGGCCUUUGAGUCUGACCUGGCCGCCCACCAGGACAGAGUGGAGCAGAUCGCUGCUAUCGCACAGGAGCUCAAUGAGCUGGACUACCAUGAUGCGUCCUCAGUGAACACCCGCUGCCAGGGAAUCUGUGACCAGUGGGACAACCUGGGUACCCUCACCCAGAAGAGAAGAGACUCUCUGGAGCGUGUGGAGAAACUGUGGGAGACCAUCGACCAGCUUUACCUGGAGUUCGCCAAGAGGGCGGCGCCCUUCAACAACUGGAUGGAUGGAGCCAUGGAGGAUCUACAGGACAUGUUCAUCGUCCACAGCACCGAGGAGAUCCAUUCCCUGAUCACAGCCCAUGACCAGUUCAAGGCCACCCUGCCAGAGGCUGAUAAGGAGCGCAUGGCCACCAUGGGCAUCCAGAGUGAGAUCGUAAAGAUCGCUCAGACCUACGGCAUCAAGCUGUCAGGAGUCAACCCCUACACCAACCUCUCCCCCCAGGAUAUCACCAACAAGUGGGAGACCGUGAAGCACCUUGUUCCUCUCAGGGACCAGAUGCUGCAGGAGGAGGUAGCCAGACAGCAGGCCAACGAGAGGCUGAGGCGCCAGUUCGCUGCCCAGGCCAACAUUAUCGGACCCUGGAUCCAGACUAAGAUGGAGGAGAUUGGUCAUGUGUCUGUGGACAUUGCUGGGUCUCUAGAGGAACAGAUGAACAGCCUGAAGCAGUAUGAACAAAACAUUAUCAACUACAAGUGUAACAUUGACAAGCUGGAGGGAGACCACCAGCUCAGCCAGGAGUCCCUCAUCUUCGAUAACAAGCACACCAACUACACCAUGGAGCAUAUCCGUGUGGGCUGGGAGCAGCUCCUGACCACCAUCGCCCGCACCAUCAACGAGGUGGAGAACCAGAUCUUGACCCGCGACGCCAAGGGCAUCAGCCAGGAGCAGCUCAACGAGUUCCGGGCCUCCUUCAACCACUUCGACAGGAAGAGAAACGGCAUGAUGGACCCAGACGACUUCCGUGCCUGUCUCAUCUCCAUGGGUUACGAUCUGGGUGAGGUGGAGUUUGCCCGCAUCAUGACGCUGGUGGAUUCCAACAACACGGGCGUGGUCACCUUCCAGGCCUUUAUCGACUUCAUGACCCGCGAGACAGCCGAGACAGACACAGCCGAUCAGGUCAUGGCCUCCUUCAAGAUCCUGGCCUCAGACAAGUCCUACAUCACGGUUGAUGAGCUACGCAGGGAGCUGCCCCCAGAGCAGGCAGAGUACUGCAUCAGCCGCAUGACCAGGUACAUUGGAGCUGACGGCCCAGCCGGAGCCCUCGACUACAUCUCCUUCUCCAGCGCUCUCUAUGGAGAGAGCGACUUAUAAACCCCCUCUCCUCCUCCUCCUCUUCCUUUUCUCCUCCCUUCAUCUUCCCCCUCUCCUGUAUGGAGAGAGCGACUUGUUUCCCUCCUCUCCCUUCUCUCCUCCUCUUACCCCUUACUUAUCCUCCCUCUAUCCUCCUCCUCUCAGUCAUCUGAAGUUUCCCUCAUAUUAAACCUUCCUCCACGUUGUCUACACUGCCCAGAGAGGGUGGGAGGCUUUACUCAGAUCAAAACUCAGAGACUCACCAUGUCCUGUUUAGGUCUGUCUGGAUAUCUUAAUGUUUAACUGUCAUCCCUCUCUCAUUCAUACUGUCAUCCGUACUGCACCAAGUGCCUGAUGAGCCAGAAUGCCUGGAGUCACACGAUAAUCUGCUUCAUGUUAACUGCCCUUUAGUAUGAUCAACCGGACAGAGAGAUCACAAAGAAAGAACGGAAAUAAAGAAAAAUACUAAAAUUGUUGAACAAUUGUUGAAUAGCAGAGUAUUGGAGCAAAGCCCCCGGCCCUACACUCUCAGGAAAAAGGGUUCUACCUGGAACCAAAAAGGGUUCUUCAAAGGGCUCUCCUAUAAGGACUGCCGAAUAACCCUUUUAGGUUCAAGAUAGCACCUUUUUUUCUAAGAAUUUCCACCUGUCCUCCUCUCAGAAUAUUAAAAUAUGUUUUGGUUAGAAUGGCUUACACAAAUGUGGAAGAAGAUUGGUUGGUUGUGUAUUGAUGCAGAUGCAUGUUGUGUUUAUACUGUAGUGGAAAUGCUGUCCAAUCUGAAUGGUUGAAUCCCCCUUACAUCCCAAAUUCUUUAUAGCACCCCCUUAUCCCAGAAGAUAUGCCCCUCCCUUUCCAUAGAAACUUGUAACGUUGUGCCAACGUUUUCAUAACGUUGUCAUUAAGUAGGAAUCCCAACUAUCCAACAUGUUGAGUUGUAUUAUGUGUAAGAAAGCCAUGCAGUCUCAAGCUCACCUUCAGACAAAAAGACAGACCGUAGUACCUAGUUGUCAACCAUUAAUGUUAUGUUAACAUUAGUUGUCAAUAAUCAAAUUUAGCCUGUGAUUUUAGGGAUUAUUUUGGACGCACCCUAAGUUAAUGCAGUAGGUCUGAUGAGACCCCCCCCCCCCCCCCACCACCACAUAGGCCCAACAAGAGAGACCAACCUGAGUAAUGCAUUGUGGAUAAGAGUUAGUUCACCACUGGUCACCCGUAACCCUGCAGACAGGAAAGCUCAUUUUGUUUGAAGGAUAGGACGUCACCUCUCUCCUCUGUCACCCUCUAUCAUCACUCCCUUCGUAUUGCGGUUGUCUGUUUGCUGUGCGUUUUGAGAGGAGAGAAAGACAGAGAGAGGUGUUAAAUAGAGCGAGAGAGAGAGCGAGAAUGAGAGAGAGAGAGAGAACGAGAGAGAGAGAGAGAGAGAGAGAGAGAGAGGGCGGGAGACAGGACAUCAGGUAAAGAGAUAUGGUGGACCAUAGUUAGGCCCCAGACUUCGUCCAAAAUGGCACCCUAUUCCCUAUGUAGUGCACUACUUUUGACCUGAUCCAAAGUAACCAAGUUUACUGCAUAGGGAAUAGGGUGUCAAUUGUGGACAGAACCAGCAUCUGUAACUCCCAUGUGUAUGAAUUCUUUAUUUUCCUCUUCCGUCUUCUCUAUAAUGCCCCUCCUCUCCUCCUCUCCUCCUCACUUUAUUCUCUUCUAUCACCCAGUCCAAGAGCUUGCUUCCAUACAAUCCAUUUCAAAGUUAAAGACACACAACUUGGAAUAAAUUUAAAAAAGGGAAACUAUAUUACUAUGUGAAGUUUUGUGUUGUGUUUUUAUUUCCCAUCGUUCACCAUAAAAGGAGUGGCAAUACUGUUGAUGCAACUGUUCACAAGUACAACCAAUUUCCAGGAUAGUUCCUGGACAUUAAAUAAUUAGUAAAUAAUUAAU